GGGGCUGUCGCUCGAGUGUGUGUGUGCGGGCGGCACGAGAUGCGAAUUGUGGCGCGGGCGGGCGGGCGAGCGCUCGGAGCAUGUCGGCGCCGGGACGGUGGCUGGCGGGCCGGCGCUUCCUCUGCGUCCUGUGCACACCCGCGCCCGGCCCGCUCUCGCAGUGGGACUGGAGAGCAGGCACCGUCAGGGCCGUUUCCCACAAAGAUCCCGCCAGCCCGGAUUUGGUCAUCUUUUUGGAGUUUGACGAUGGCUGGUGUCAGUGGAUAAAGCUGAGCAGUGAGGAGCUGAGAGUCUUCCUGGUCGAAGACCACUUAGCCCUGGCCGAGAGGAAGCCCGAAGAACUCGCGGAUGCUUUGCAGUGGCCUGUACUGACGUUUAAGUGCUUGACCGACAAGGUUGGGAUUGGAUCGCUAACUCCUGUGGAAUUUCUUGCCGACAAGCGCCGAAUGUUUCUUCAAAAAGAUGUCCUGCUUCAGCCCUUGAAGAAGAACACGGACUGUUGGGACCAAUCUCUUCGGGAUAACAAAGAAGUCAGUGCAAUGAUUAAGAGCUGGUUCAUCAAGCAAUCAUCUCAAGAGCUCUUCCUCUAUGGUACAAGCAACCUGACUGGCUAUAAAGUUAAGGUCUAUGACUUGAAAUCUUCUACCCAUUGGUGUCCAGCUACCGUGACUCAUCACAAUUUAACAACGGGCUUGGUGCAGAUCAGAAAUGAGCAGCUGCAGGAGACGCAAGUUGUUGACCCAGCUCUGAUUCACAUGGCGUUCCUUAAUGAAGAGGACGUUGAGGCACUGACCAAGGUAGAAAUAGAAUCUGAUACAGCCACAAAAGCACAGUGUACAAAAAGAAAGUCUACUGAGGUCCAGGAGGACAAUCUAACCAAAAGGGUGAAGAGUGUGCCUGAGGCCAAGACCGAGUACUGCAGGAAGGACCACGUCCCUGCAGCGAAUGCUGCUCAGCACAGCAGUGGCCAGUUGGCCCUCUCUGACCUGACAGCACUAAUGGGGCAGCAGAGUGAAAAGGUGCAACAAUGUCUGGAAUCUGGGGCCUGCCCUAAAACUGGCCUUCUUGCAAAGGAAGGCCCUGACGAUACAAAUGUUCCAGCUCCUCAGAAGCCAAGGUCUUCAUCUGGGUUUAACAAUAGUUGGAGUAGCUUUAAUCUGGCUUUCUCGACUCUGGAUAACGGGCGAACGGUAGUGGUGGAGGAUAAAGUCCAGCCCAGGAGUAGCCUUCGCACAGCCCUUCGAGAUGCGGUACCAUCAGUGAGUGCGGCUUCUGGGGCCUCAAGCCAUCAGAAACCUCGGUCUGUCUUCACGCUCUCAAGUAAAGAAACAACGAUUUGCUCUCCUUUUGAAGCUCAGUUUGUUCACUCAGCUCUGGGAAACAUGUUGCUUGGUAGUACUGCCACAACCCCUGGGAGCAAAGAUCUGAGACGCACCACUCCUCCGCCUGCAAACUCCCCUCCAGCCAUCACCGCUGUGGCACCCUCAGGGACUGUGGAGCAGACGAGAAUGGUAGAGUCACUGGGUGAAUGUCGUGAUAUUCCAGCAAGCAAGGGUAAUGCUAACACUGUUUGGCCGAGUUUCAGCAGUUCGAAGUUACCUGUGGAAGUUUCAUGUAAAGCACCCUCGGAGGGCAACUUCUCGGGUGCAGGUGGUUAUAACACACAGGAGACGUGGUCUGUAUUUUCCACUAGCUGUGCCUCUCAUUCUGAGAUGUCUUCCCAAUCGGCAGUGUUGUUGCAGACCUCCAGAAGUGGACUGUUGGAAAAGGCCGAGGAAAAGAAAUCCUUUCAAGAGAGUGUGGGGAUUAUUCCAUUGACCAGUCCGUCAGCCUGCGGCACGUCGCUUCCCACUCUGAGCUGCAAGGCUGCUGUGACAAGUGCUGCCCCGUCGCCUUUACUUCGGGCGUUCAGCCCAUCCAGUGACCUCAGCGUUGAUGCCAAGGGUCGGCAUCCUGCCAUGCCUUUAGACUUCCCCAGACCUGCAGAAGGGGAUAACAACCGGGCUCUACUGACUGCUCCUGAUCAGCAGGCUGACGAGAAUGAUAGUGAUGCGGAAAGUACCACCAGCGACUUGAGCUGUUCUUCCGGAUUGAGUUCUGAACUGGGCUCUGAUAUCUCAAAGAUGUGGGCCUCCAGUCCAAGCCUUAAAAGGGAAGGAGGCGAUCGGCUGAGGAAUGCGCUGUUGAAAGCAGGAAGAGGCAGAGCCAGUGGCUCCCAGUCGGUGCUGAGUGACAUCCACAAAGUCCGUGCGUUGCAGCAGAGUGGCGAGUCCUUCCUGCAGGACGGCUCCUGUUUAAGUGUUGCUCCCCACCUGCGCAAGUGCAGGGAGUGCCGCUUGGCCAGCUACCACCGCUACAGGGAUGAAAAUGACACGACUGUCUUCUGCAGAUUCUUCCACUUCAGAAAACUGUACUUCAACAAACAUGGAGUCCUGCGGGCAGAAGGGUUCCUCUCACCAAACCAGUGUGACCCCGAGGCCAUGCGGCUGUGGCUGCCUUCUGACACCGAUGUGGAAGGCUUGGACCUUGAUACCUCCAAGUACAUCUUGGCUAAUGUUGGUGAUCAGUUUUGCCAGCUAGUCACGUCUGAGAAAGAAGCACUGAAGUUAGUGGACCCUUGCAAAAAAAUAGCCUGGAAGCGGGCAGUUCGAGGCAUCCGGGAAAUGUGUGACGCCUGUGAGACGACCCUCUUCAACUUCCACUGGGUGUGCCCCAAGUGCGGGUUUGGGGUGUGUCUCGAUUGCUACAAGAUGAAAAAAAAUAACCCUCACCAAGAUGGCAAAGAGGAGAUCUUUUCUUGGUUUAAGUGUGCUAAUGGGCUGACCCAUGAGCUGGACAAGCUGAUGCCAACCCAGAUUAUUCCUGGUUCAGCUCUGUAUCAAAUUGGAAGUAUCGUGCAUUCUGCGAGGGGAAAAUGGGGAAUCAAAGCCAACUGUCCUUGUACAACGAGGAAAAACAAGCCCUUGGCCCAUCGGCAGGUACCCAUUGCCAGUGAGGCAGCUCAGCAGCAAAGUAACAGUCCAUCUUCCAGCCAGGCACAGAGCUGUAACAGACCAGCAGAGUCUGAUGGCAGUUCAACCGUGAAUGUGCCCACCACCAAGACGGACGCAUCUCCCAUCCCUGCUCCACCAGCCUGGAAGAAAGAGGAUUCUCCCUUUGGCUGGAUGAUGGACCUGACCAAAGACAAAAGAGGAAGUCCAGGAAGCUCACAGAUGCCUGCCUUGAAUAAAGAGACUAAACCAGCUGGGUUGUUUAAUUCCCUGAGCACGUUGUCGAAGACUUCAUCAUCCCUGCAAACCUUCAACAGUUUGUUAACUCUGACGCCAAGCAGUUCCAGUGCCCCCAGCUCGCUGAGAAACCUGCUGACCUCCAGCUCAGGGAAGUCUGAAACGGGAUCAAAAAGCACUUCCAACCUGCUGGACGACAUCUUUGCCUCCCUGGUGCAGAGCAAACUGCCCAGCGAUGGAUCAAAGCCACCAGGGACGGUGAGCGAUUCAAGGGAGCUGUUGAAGGCCUCGCCGGGGAAGGGGACCAUUUUGGGCUCGGACACUCCUCACACCUGGUACUGUGGUGGCCGCGUUCUGUGCUUGCAAGAUCCUGGAAACAAGAACAACUGGAAUAUUUUCCGAGAAUGCUGGAAGCAAGGACAUCCAGUAAUUGUAUCCGGUGUCCACACAAAGCUCCGAGAGGAGCUGUGGAAACCUGAGGCCUUUGGGGAAGAGUUCGGAGAGCAAGAUGCAGACCUGGUCGACUGUAGAACCAACACUAUUAUCGCUGGUGCAAAAAUCCGAGACUUCUGGGAUGGAUUUGAAGACCUCUCGCGUCGGCUUGCGACAAAAGAGAAGGAACCGAUGGCUUUGAAACUGAAGGACUGGCCUCCAGGAGAGGACUUCAGAGAUAUGAUGCUUUCGAGGUUUGAGGACCUGAUGAAUAACCUACCUCUGCCUGAAUACACCAAGCGAGACGGCAAGUUGAACCUGGCUUCCAGGCUGCCAGACUUCUUUGUGAGACCUGAUUUGGGACCAAAAAUGUACAAUGCUUAUGGUCUGUUAUCAGCAGAGGACAGGAAGGUUGGGACGACAAACCUGCACCUGGAUGUCUCCGAUGCUGCUAACGUUAUGGUCUACGUUGGGAUCCCCAGCGGCCAGCCAAAUCAUGAAGAGGAAAUUCUGAAGACCAUGGAAGAGGGGGAUGUGGAUGAGUUAACAAUAAAACGCUUCACAGAAUCCAGUGAAAGACCCGGUGCUCUGUGGCACAUUUACUCUGCCAAGGAUGCGGAGAAGAUCCGAGAUCUGCUGAAGAAGGUUGGAGAAGAGCAAGGUCAGGAAAAUCCUCCGGACCAUGAUCCCAUUCAUGACCAAAGCUGGUACCUAGAUAGGACCCUGCGCAAGAGGCUCUAUCAGGAAUAUGGAGUUCAGGGUUGGGCUAUUGUGCAGUACCUCGGCGAUGUGGUCUUCAUACCCGCCGGUGCUCCUCACCAGGUUCACAACUUGUACAGUUGUAUCAAAGUUGCAGAGGAUUUUGUUUCCACUGAGCAUGUCAAACACUGUUUCCGGCUCACGCAGGAAUUUCGACACCUGUCUAACACGCACACCAACCAUGAGGAUAAACUCCAGGUGAAGAAUAUUAUCUACCACGCAGUGAAAGAUGCUGUUGCGAUGUUAAGAGCUCAUGAGUCCAGCCUGCUGAAGACCCAAGGGUGAUGUCCAGGGCUGGACAUCAAAUCUGGACUCUAUUGCUGACACCAACUUCCAGAAACUGAUUUAUUCGAGGAGGCAAUACAGCAUCUUUGUUCCACUGGCUAAAUUAGGAGAUGUGAACCUGUACUUUAUCUGGUAUAAUUUGUAAAACUGCGCAGCAAGGAUGUUGUUUCAAAUUAUAUCUAAUAAUGCUAACAAGCAAACAUCUUUUUAGGCUCCCAACUAAACAAUUCCAAACUAGUUUUGCUCUACCCACCCUAUAUUUAUUCUCAUGGCUCUGUGGUCAUCUUGGAAUUGUGUGAGGAAUACUUUUGUGGUUUUCCACAGAAGACCAGGGAAGCAAUAGAAGAAAGUCUAGUCUUCCCUAUUGAAGAUCAUUAGCUGUAGCGUGGCAUAGUUAGCAACAUCCUUUUUAGAUGUCUCAUGUCUAGUUGGAAAACAAAAUAUCCAGAUAUUAUUAGUGCUAAAACAAGUAAACUCAGGCCUGAGAUGAGAGGUUUUAAUCUUCAUUGUCAUAGUGGAUCUAGCUCUUUUACAGCAGUUCACCAUUAAUAUAGUUUACAUGUUUGUCUGUACCUGGAUAUCUACAGAGUUCUAAAUGGAAGACAUCCAAAAGUUCAUGAUAUUUGAUCUUUCUGUUAAUGUGAAUUGUGUUAAUUUUGUACUUAACAUUUGGAGAAAUGUUUCAUGUUUAGCGGGAGUUAAUAAUCUGAAACACAGAUAAGUCGAAACCCCACCAGGAAUCAGAUUCACAGAACCAAUUAUUUACAGACUGAGGCACAUUUCACAUAGUUCUGCUGUAAUAUUUUCCGCUUGAGCUGGUAAAAAUUAUUUUGCCAGUCUUGUGGAGAUAUUAACUUGUCUGGCACAUUUACAAACCCGGGACUCCUUUGAGCAAAGUACUUCCUAAUUGAUUUUUUUGUCUUUAUGCUGCAAGAAAUGUUUGUUGGGAAAUACACAAGUGCAUGGAUGAGAAUUCUAAUUGACAUUCACUGUGCUGUACUGCAGCUUCUACUGAUGUGUGGGUUUCCUUAACAAUGUAGGCAAUACACUAUGCAAACAAAUUGCAUUAUUAGAGAAAUAAACUUUUUGCUAUGUUAUUACACAGUUGAUUGCAAGUUCAGACUCAUCCCCAUUCUGUGUUGUUUGGUUCAGCUUGACUAAUUUUCAUCCACUUUUUGUUUUAAAACAUUGCUGAAAUUGAGUGCAAGUUUUUUGGUUGGUGUACCAGUGGAGAAUGGCCUUGUUUCUUUGGCUGUAAAAUUUGGAGACUAUUCUAGUUGAUCUAUUUUGUAAAACUGCUAUAAAACUUUCAAAGUAGAUGAAAUCCCAA